GAGGACACCAAUGUUGUCCAGCUUUCUCGUAAUCCAAGAUUCGGAGGACGAGAGCUCUGACAAUAAUGCCCACUACCAAGAGGAGGACGGAAUGGUCCCUCCUCCUCUAGCUGCUUUCACAGGGUCAAAUUCGCACCUCCGAUCGCCAUCUUUGUCGUCGGGGCCAGGUCAGGUUAGCGGAGGUUUGUUGGUUCUCUGUUGGGUUUUUGCUGUACCGGUAAUUCCAUAGCUAACCCUUGAGUAGAGGCUCGCGAAAAGGCCAUUAAGGAAGCUCAAUCUCUGCUUCUAGCCCCUCCCUUCGAAACCCCAGACACUCCCGGAGCGCAACCGGAACUUGUCAAAGUGGCUACGGCCGCUCGCAGAAAAACAGCGAACGGAUGGCUAGAAAGUAGCAUAAGUAGGGAGAUGGAUGUGUACGAUUUUCUGGUCGACGACGAUGAUGGUAGUGAUUUUUUUUCGCCCCCUGAGGGUAAGAGGCGGAAGAGACCUGCGAAGAGGUCAAAGUCAGUUGCAGAGGAGAGCGAAGGGCUUGCGUAUGAGAAUCAGAAGGCGGAGCCUGGGAAGAGACGGGAGAGCGGUGCGGCGGCUAGGCGGUCAAAGUCCAUUCCGGAUAUGCUACAGGAUGAAUGCUCAGAGGAUGAUUGGACGCCAAAUUCGAAAAUUGAGAAACCAGCUGGGAAGAAAUCCACUCGGAGUAACACCAACGAGAAGGAGCUCGCACCGCUGUUACCAAAGCCGAAAAGGAAGCUGAAAAGCGGGGCACUGGUUAGUAGUAAUCAAUUUGAUGGUGAUUUAAACUUAGGGAUAAACACCGCCCGUGUAGUUGGGCAAAGCGAAGAAAGCUCGACGGUGCAGGCUCGUGGGGACGAACCCAAUUUUGACAGUUUUAUGGUCGACCUCACGAGUGAGGAUUUAAUUCUCGCGACACAAAGAAAAGCCGAGUACGAAGCCCUAUCUUUAGGUCUAACCGGGAGCUCCGAUGCGACCUUUCUGCCGGUGAACUUUGCGGGCAGAGAACCAGAUGCUGAAGAUUAUCCAGUGUUAAGUACAAUUCCAGACCCUCCUUCUGACGGUCUAGGACAGAGCCAACUUUGGGGUCUUGAUCACAACCAGUCUAUAGCUGUGUUACCACCUCAACCGCCAUCGCAACCACCACCACAACCACCACUACUCCCGGAACAACUACCGGACCGUAUGGUAUCUUCGCUACUUAGCUCUCCUCCGAUGGGAAAAUCUAGUGCGGGACCACCUUCAUCGGCAGCGCAAAUAAUAAUUUCAAGAGAGGUGCAAAGUGACAAUACUUCAAAGGCUGUCAGGAGCAGCAGAUCUGCCAAGCGCAGUGCUACGGAUGGGAGCAUCGGUACUGAGGGUUUCGGAAGAAUCGCCUCGGAAUGGAGGGUUGCUAAGGGGAGGUCUAAAACGAUGAAUGCUGUCAUUACUCUAUCAGACGAUGAGGACCAUCUCGCUCAGGAGAUCCCAGAAAAAAAGAAAAAGGUCGGUCGCCAGAGGAAAUCUGCGGCUGUUGGUGAAGGUGCAAAGAGGGGUGCGAAAGGUGGUGCUGCUGCUCCCGCGAAGCAGGGGAAGGGGAAAAGGAAAGGAAAAGCUGUUGUCAAUGAUUCCGAAGACGAUGGCGCUUUCUCUGAUGAGGCGUCUGCUCAGGUGGUUACACUUCUUUUGCAUUCUUGGCUAAAUAUGCCCGGCGCUAUUAAACCUGGAGCUAACAUUAUUUACAGCAUCCCAUCUCCAACCCCGGGGGUGCUGCUGCUGAUGAUAGUGCUGCCCUCCAUUCUGAGCAGACUCCUGGCAGAAGGCGCCCAGGUGACCAGGUCAUGAUCGCCGUUGCGAUUGAGUCUCCAUCUAAACCCGUCCAAAAGUGCAAAUCAACUGUAGGAGACGUCGAAAGGAUCGAUCCGGUGGUAGAUAUCAUGGAAUCCAAUUCCGACCUCACACAUGGAAUGCCCCAGCAUGACUACGAGUCUGCUCCUCCGUCCCCGAAACCUGUCAUUCCCGCCAAGAGAGCUGUCUCCGGGGCUUCAACCGGCGGGCGCAAAAAGAAAACUAAACAAGAAGUCGAAGAUGAGGACAUAAAUUGGGACGAGAAACCUAAGAAGGCUGCCAAGAAAGAUGCGGUGAAAAGUAGAAAUGCUAAGGUAGGGGGAAAAAUGUCUGUGACUCGUGGUAGAGUUAACUCUAAAAAGGUCUUGGACACGGAGGUUGAAGCGACAACAGCUACCGAAGAUAAGGCAGAGAUUGAAGCCCCCUCACCAAAACCAGCUGCGAGAGGCCGUGCUGCUAAAGCAAAGGUUAUCAGGAAGUCGCCCAUGGAAGCGGAGGAAGUGGUCGAGCAGGAUUUGGAGGAGGUUGAAGAAGCUCCUGCCCCUCUGAAGACUCCUAAAAAAUCCAAGUCUGCUAAGGCUACCACCGCGGCAAGCGUUUCCAAGGCCGGGGACAAAAAAGAAACCCCGGCUCCCACAGAGCCCGGAGCAGACAUCAAAUCUCCCGGAUCAGAAACUGGAACCACUCCCGCGCCUCCGGAGCGCGAAUCCGCCACCCCCGCAUCGGACUCAAAAAAGGCGUCUACCACCACUCCCGGUAGAGUCCCAUUUCGUGUGGGCUUGAGCCGCAGGAGUAAGAUACCGUCCUUGUUGAGAGGAUUCAGGAAGUAGGCGAGUUGUCCAUAUAUUUCCUUUUGUCUUUUCUUUACCUCACCGGAAUGGGAGUUUAGAUGGGUGUGGGAGAUGGCUGGAUGGGGGAGUUAUAUCAUUUGAAUUAUCUUAUCUCUACCGUCGCUUUCUUCGCUCUGCCUUUAUUGGUUGGGAUUAUGGUGUGAUGUUCACCGGUGGAUAGGUAACGUUGCUGGUUGGGAAGGAUGGAUGAAAGUGUGUGGUUUCCAAUGACCACAACUGCGGUGGCGAUGGUCGUGACCGGGAGGUUAUUUUAUGUAAACUUGGGGAAAGAGAAAUGUAGUAUUGUACCAAGGGAGCAGAGCGAUAAUUAUGAUUACUAGGAUCACAAACC